UUUUCAAUUAAAAAUACAUUCAUUCUUGAAAAAAACAAUUUUUAAAACAAAAUAUUCAAAAUUAGUUAUGCUACUUUUGUGCAUCAUCAUCAUCUUCAUUGCAUUCAAAAUGGCAUUGAACUACUCGUACAUUCUCACCCUCGAAACAUAGAUACAAUAAUAUUCAACACACUCUGUGACAAAAAAAUGUUGCUGCAACAUCAAUAUGUUGAUAAGCAUUUGGUUUAAUCCAAAAAACUAUUUUGAUUGAUCAAACUAAUUACUACAAAUGGCGACAAGAACAAGACAAAAAGAAAAACACAAAUAAACAUUUAAUAAUAAGCUUAAGGCGGGCGUUGGUUGUUUGGGUUCGAUGUAUACAUAACUUUGCGCAACAUUUUUCGCAAAGAAACACUACGGGGUAGUUGCUUAUUGUGAUAGCUACAUCCUCAGUGAUUCGCCCUCUCUUGGCGUUUGGUGACACUUUUGUUAUUUUUUUAUUUUUUUGUGUUGUUCCUACCACGGAUUGAGUCAACUAAGCGUCUUCCACAUUGUUUUCAUCUGUUAGUUUUUGCUAAUCCCAUUAUACCCUCCUCAUACGCAUUGCAACACUCUUUAAAUAGUUAUUACAACAUAAGGUUGCUAUUCUAAAACAUGUUGUUGCAUUGUUUGCUUCAAAGUUCGAUAGUUCGCGAGUGUCAAAACUAGGAUCUAAAUUUAUAAUCAACAACAUUUGUUUAAAUGUUUAGAUCGUUCGCUAUCGAGGAUUUCUUAAUUUAGAUUAUAGCGUUUUUUUGUAUUUGUUUUGUUUUAAUUUUGUCAAUCGUUUGUUUUGGCGUCGCGUCGGGGGUCAGUACACAAAAAUACAAUAAAGCGAACGAGAGCUUCCCACCACAGACAUCACCAUCAUCACUAGUAUCUUUGCAAUUUAAAUGUCAAGACGGUGAUAGUAUCCGACGUCUUUUGGUUUUUUGUUUUUCGGUUUCAGUUUUUUUUUUUUGUAUUUGAUGAUGCGGUUUUCUAAUUUUUGAUUCCACCUUAUCCCAUCAUCCGUGUGAUUCAUGUGCAUCGCUCUCGACAACUCUUAAAAAACUCAAGACGGAAUCUGUAUAGCCCCGAUUGAGGUGCAUUGACUAUAAAUUGAUUAGUCGCAAAUUGAUCGAUUAAAACGAAUCAUCUUAAAAAACUAGAAGCAGCCGUCUCUCAUCGGACGUCGUCGUCUGUAAUGCGUUCUGAAAUUUAAAUUCAAAAAAAUUAUUCAAAAUUCGGAACAAAUUUUAAAAGUUAUUCGAUAAAUUAUGAUCCAAUUGCGGUGAAUAAAACGAUAAAAAUUUAUUACAAAUUAAAUUCGAGGUACGAAAUUGUUUUUUAAAAAUUUAAUUUUUAUUUUUUUGAUUGGUUACGAAAUAAAAAAUUUUUUCUUCGCCACCGGGGCCGUGAUUACGCAAGCGAAUCUGCGAAGAAGAGUGUUCUAUUCUGCCAAAAAAGUGUGAGAGUGUGUAUUUUUGUUCGAGCAAAAAUGUUGCCCGAGGUUGGUGAAUUGGUGUUUUCUUUUGUGGUGGGAUACAUGGGGGCGCUGGAAUUUUUAUAUGUUGUCCGGCAUUUAUAUCAUUGGGGUUUUCGACAUAAUCCCGAAAUGCGAGAUUAUAAAAGUGAAGCAGAAAGUUUGCGGAAGCUGCAGGAACAACUGAAGAAUGCGAUUGCGGAAGCAAAGGAGAGAGAAGCAAUGGGGUUACAGGCUAUGAAGGACGGGGUGAUGUAUAAGGACGGAUUUCGAAUCGAUGAAGAUCGAAAGAAAAUCGAAGAGCUAAAAGAGAAAGUAAAGAUACAAGAGAAGAUAGCAGAGAGGCAGCGCGAGAUUGAAGCUGAAUUGGAACGUCAGCGGAAGAUAGAGGAAGAAACAAAACAACAAUUGAAGAAAGCCGAAGAAGAAUUACGUCGAAUGGAGGAGGAAAAGAAGAGAGAGAAACAAAAAGCCGAAGAAGAGAAACGAAAAGCUGAAGAAGCUAAGAGAAAAGCCGAAGAAGAAGAGAAACGAAAAGCUGAAGAGGCAAAGAAAAAAGCCGCAGAUGAGAAACGAAAGGCGGAAGAAGAAGAAAACAUGAAAAAGAUUCUUGAAGCCGAAAAGAAGAAAGAGGAAGAACAAAGACGUCAUGAAGAAGAAAAAGAAAAUCAACGAAAAAUUGUUCAAGCUGAAAAAGAAAGAGAAGAAAAACAACGUCAGUUAGAAAUAGAAGCGGAAAAGAAGAAACAAGAAGAAGAGAGAAAAGAAAACGAACGAAAAAUUCUUCAAGCUGAAAAAGAAAGGGAAGAAAAACAGAGGCAAUUAGAAAUUGAAGCAGAAAAUGAACGAAAAUUGUUGCAAGCCGAAAAAGAUAGGGAAGAAAAACAGCGUCAGCAAGAAAUUGAAGAUGAAAAAGUUGUUCAAAAAUUACUUGCUGAAGAAAGAGAACGAGAAAAAGCCGAAAAAGAACGAACUCUUAAGCUUCUUGAAGCUGAACGUCAACAACAGGAAAUCGAAAGACAACAACAAGCCGAAAAUGAAGAAAGAGAAAAUACUGCAAGAUUGAUUGCUGCUGAACAAGAAGCCAUAGCCAAGCAACGUGAACAAGAAGAACAUGAAGAACAAGUAAGAAAUCUUCUUAAAGCCGAACGAGAACUUGAGCUAAAGAAGCAAGAAAUGGAAGAAGAAGCAGCAAAUCUUCAGCGACUUAUUGAAGCCGAGAAACAAAUGGAAGAACGUCAACGUAAAAUUGAUGAAGAUGCUUUAGAAAAAUUGAAAACCGCACAAGAAGAAAUGGAACUAAGACAAUCAUUCGAUCCAAAUGCUGAAGCUGAAGAAGCAGCUUUUAUCAAAAAAGAAAUUGGUCAAACAGACCAAUCAAUACCACAAACAGUAAAAACCCAAUACGGACAAACAAUUAGCGAAUCUCUCAAACCGAAAACCCUUCUCUUCCCUGGUGUUUCAGAAGAAUCUUCAUCUGCAGAACCUGUCUCCAGUUUACAAUCAUCCUUCUCCACUCAACAAUCUUCCGAAGCAGUUCUGCCUGAUCUGCAUUUUGACGAAUACGAACGACAAGCACCAGAUGGUGGUGAAGAUAUGCCAUCCUUGCAGUACUCUGACGAUUACCUUAGAUCAUUGGAUGGUAUUAAAAAUAAACCAUUAGUGCGUGAAGAUGGAUCUGGUCGUAGACGAGCGUUCAAAAAACGACGUUCAAGUGGAAGUUCGACUUCUUCACGUGAAUCGAGAGCAUCACGUGAAGAAGAAUUAAAGAUGUUCACCUCUUUGGAAGAGGAAGAGUUUGAAAAUAUCCGCAAAGGUGAUAGUGAGUAUGAAACUAUCAAGUAUGCCAGCGAACCAAACUUGAAAGUUGGCAAACAACGCCGUCACAAACGUAGCCCGGCCAAAGAUGCCAAACGUGAUCCGAAUGAUAAGGGAUCCCUUGAACAGCUCGACGAAGAAGAUUCAAAUCCGUGGGGGGAGGUUAAACCAGAGAAUUAUAAAAACACUGAUUUCUGGAAACGUGAAAAAAAUCUAUCGAUCGAUGAAGAAAAAGAAGAAUUCGAUGCAAAACAAAGAAUUCAAUCACCAAGUACGGCAGCAGUAAAUAUACCGAAGAUGUCAUCAUUCGAAGAAGCAACUAAAAGUCAACACGAAGAAGCAUUAUCAGCCUUAAAGAGACAAAAGUCAAAGGAUCCGGAACCUAUCCAAGAACCAGACGAUGAAGAGAGUGAAACCAAGAAUGUAAGUAAAGUUGCUGAUGCUAGACUUUCCCCAGCUGGAAGUAAUUCCUCUCCCGCUUCUGCUUCUGCUUCUAUAUCGCCUGCUUUACAAUCCCCUGAUACUAAGCGAGCAAACUCCCUAGAAACGGAGGAUAAGACAACAUCUGGAACAACUUCACCCACAACCGGUCUGCGAAGAAGUCCACGCGUCGAUGAGAUGAGACAAUACGAAGAGAAAUGGAAAUCUGAAGAUCGCAAGGCACGUCACGAAGCUGGUAAAAAUCCCAACAUCGAGAUUGAAUAUGCCUCCGAUGAAGAACCAAUGAGUCCAGAGCAUCUGCCUGAAGGAAUUAGUGACUUUUAUGACUUCAAUGCAUCCAUCAAUCCAUCAAGAUCACGCUCACGUUCACGUUCCAAAACCCCAGCACUUAAUCGCUCAGUAAGUCUACCCGAACGUCGUACACCCUCCCCGCUAAAUUGUUCCCAUAUUCCAGCCAGAUCAGAGUCCCGUAGUCCUAGUCCCGAUCCUGCUUCAUAUAAAUUCAUUGUUCAGCGCAUUAUACCAAAUCUCGAUGCAGAUCAGACAACACCACAGUUGCCAGAAGAUCAUGGUUUAAGUGACUUUUACGACUUUAAUACGAAACUUAAUCAAGAAGCCCUUCCGGGGGCGACGACACGAAGAUCAGAGGUUCAUCGUACUUCGGUGGAUUAUGUGUUGGAAGAUCUGAAAAAUGAGAAGAUCAGUGAUGGCGAAGCGAUUGUUAAAAAACUGGAAGAAUUAAAAGUUUCUCCCACUACUCCGGAAUAUGAACGCUCUAUUUCUGACGAAAUGCGAGACAUUGAAAAGCUUAAAGAAGAGGUCUUGAGUGGUAGUUUUAAGAGAUCGACUUAUGUUGGAGAGUCUAUGGACUUCUCCGAUCAAUUUGAAAGUCUUCGGGAGGAAGCAAAAACCUUCCGAAGAUCUCGCAGUCGUAGCCGAUCUCCGGUAUACGAAGACGUCAAAGAAAUGACAGCAAGGGUACUCGCCAAACAACAACUUCAAGAGCAAAUUCUAGAAGAUAUUACCAAAAGUUCUGAAAACACUGAAGAAUUCACCAUUGCAAUCACGAAAAACCUAGUAGAUCGCAAUAGAAGAGCUUCCGAUACAGCACUCAUUCAAAAACCUGAAAUUCUUUUUCAAAUUCAGGAUUUGAUUGCAGAAACUGAUGAGAAUUUUAACAUCAUAGAUUGUGAACCGGAAGAGUACCAUCAUUUUCGAAGAUUUUCGUUGGGUCAAGAACACCCAACUGAAGAGUACCCAGAAGACUACACAUAUAUCUCAGAAAUUGAAAUCAAACCCUUGGUAGAUCUCAAAGCUUUGACGGGAAAUCUGGAAGAAUUAGAAGAUUUGGAAAAUUUACAAAAAGAAGAUCCAAUUUCCCGUGAAGAAGUUAUUGAAGAAGCCUAUGAAUCGGGUAGUGAUGAUGAGCGACAGACUGUUGUUGAAGUUGAUGAUGAAAUCGAUGAAGAUAUUUGGGAGUAUAAUGAAAAACCUGCUGAAGAAUCUCACAAUGAACAGUCUGAAUGUGAAGAAGCAGAUCGUGAAAUGGAUAGAUAUGCUGGUAGGAAUGCUGAUGAUUGGCGUGAUGUUGAAGGAGCCGUUGGUGGGGUAUCCGAUGAAGAUUCGUUUCAAAUCGAUCAAAUCUAUGAUGAGGCUAUUAAGAAUCGUAAACCUUCGGGAAUACUUCGGGACUAUGAUUGUAUUUUGAAGGAAAUACAAAUUUCUGAUGAAGAUCGUCUUGAAGAAGAAAGACUGCUCGAAAAAGCUGCAUUCUCAAAUGGUAAUUUUACGAGAAACCUUGACCCAGGAGUUUGGUCACCACGAAGUCGAUCGAGCAGAGGAAGCAGUCGAGAUAGUUCAAGAAGCCUCAUAGAAUAUGAAAGAAGAGAUACUGAAAUGAGGUAUUUAGCCGAUCCAACGAUGUCAGCUAUCAAUUCAACCCGUUUAAGGUCACGUUAUGGAAUUGUACCUUCGACUUCUCUUCCCACUGGCUUUGAAGAUGAUGAUGUGGAUGUGAAUUAUGUGCCCAAAAAAGAAUACAAUUGGAGGAAGAAUUUCAAACUUGACGAUGAUUUGGAUGAGAGUGGCAAAAAGAAUCAAUAUUUAGAUUUGGAUGAUAGAAAGUUUAGCCUUGGUGGCGAGAGUAUAACAUUAUUCUCCCAGAGUCCAGAACGUUCUGUAGAUAGUGAACGUUUGAAGAAAUUUGAUGAAGAUGAACAACUUGAGGACGAAAAAAUGGAUCAGGGACCUGAAGAAAUUGAAAAAUCAUCAAAAAAGAAGAAGAAUAAAAGAAAAUCUAGAAAAGGUUCAAAGGGCAGUCUUGGAGGAAAUGAAGAAGAAAAAGAAAGUUCAUCACAGCCAACGAAUGAAGGUGAUUCAUCAAGAAAAAAGAGUCGAAGGGAAUCGAAGAAAAAUGCAGAAAUCGCUCCUGAGUCAGUGACUAGUCAAGAAACAACACCAUCUCAGCCAGAUGAAGAAACCGAAAGUUCACAUGGAAAAAGAAAAUCCAAGAAACAUAGGAAACCUAAAGAUGAAAUAGUUUUGCCAAAAUUAGAUAUUGUUAUUCCAAUGCCAGAAAAGAAAGCUCCACCACCUUCUGUUGCAGCUCUUCGGGCAGCACUUGCUGCACCACCACCAGUACCGGAGAAAAAGCCUCCAGAGAUAUCGGUUAAACCUAAGAAACUUUGGGAAAAACCAUCAAUAAUCUCCGAUAAGGAAUCGUCAAAAGCUGAAUCGAAACCUAUUUUGCCCAGUAGUGUGCGUUCAUCAGAAAGUCCAAAGCCAGCAACAAAUGUACAACCCACUUCAACAAAGUCUCUCAUAAGUCCUCAACCUUCGUCAGUGUCACCAUCUAAGGAGAACGGUAUUACAGAAGUUUUAAAAUCCAAGACUCAAACAGCGACGAACAUUCAACUUAAGGAAUCAUCGAAUUCAACAGCUGGAACUGUAGCUUUUACAUUAGAAACACAAAACAAGACUCUUCAAAUGGUGGAGGCUGUGAAAACUGAAACAGUAAAAACUGAAACAGUAAAAACUGAAACAUUAAAAACUGAAAUAGUAAAAAUAGAAAGCAGUGAAAUUAAAACCUUAGAAACACAAAUUUUAAACUCUCCAGAAGCUUUGAACCCAAUAAGCCUAAAAAUAAAAAUAGCUGAUCUGGGAAAUAAUGCUGACAUUUCCACCGAAAAUAACCAAAUUCCAAACUUAGAACCAACAAAAUCUGAACUGCCAAUUGUACAACCCAUUUCAGACCCUUCCGCCGAUUCCACACAAAAUCCAACCUUGAUCUCCGAAACCAAUGAAAACAUAAAAACCACACCUGAUUCCAUAACCGAAGUCAGUGAUCAAAAAACAAUCAAAGUUAAUCUUGACUCAGACAUUUUAAAAGAUGGCGGUUUGUACCCUCUGUUCUAAUAUUUUUUUUGUAAUAACAAAAUGCUCACAAAACUUGCGCUUCUCACCAUCUGCAGCAUUAAAAAGCAAUCCAAUAAUAAAAAAAAAAACAAUAACAACAAACAAACAAACAAAAAACUAACAGCAAAUUUGGAAUUUCCUUUCUACUUACUCAA